GACUAUUAUCAUUUACCGCCGUAAAAAAUGGGAAUACUAGAAUAGGGUCUAUAGGGUUUAUGCGCAGCGUUGAGACGCAAGAAGAACUGCAACAGCAGUUUCAGAAGGAAACGCACCGGCACAACAGCAAUGGUGUUUUCCGAAGAAGACAUAACAAAACUUUUCAGAAUCCAGAAAACCCUUCUCCAAAUGUUAUCCGACAGAAACUACCUCGUCGAAGAAACCGAACUCACCAUGUCUCGUGAAGAUUUCAUCUUCAAAUACGGCGAACACAUGAAACGAGAACAGUUAGAAAUCAACAAAACACAUAGAAACAACCCAUCUGAAAAAAUCUGUGUUUUCUUCUCUGAUGAUGCUAAACUUGGUGUUAAGAUUGUUAGAGGUUUUAUUACUAGGAUGUUGCAAGAGAAUGUUGAUAGUGGGAUUUUGGUUUGUCAGACUAAAUUAUCUCAUUAUGCUAGAAGUGCUGUUACUGAAAUGAGUUCAGUUGGUUCUAAGCGCCUUGAAGUCUUUCUGGAGGAUGAACUGCUGGUGAACAUAACAAAGCACGAGCGUGUACCUCCACAUCAGGUUCUCACCGAAGCUGAGAAGAGAGCCUUGCUCAAGAAAUACACUGUCAAAGAUACUCAGCUACCUAGAAUUUUGACGUCGGAUCCUGUUGCGAGAUAUUAUGGACUAAGGCGUGGACAAGUUGUCAGGAUUAUCCGGCCAAGUGAGACUGCAGGCACAUAUAUUACAUACCGAAUUGCUUCUUGAGCUUAUCGGCUAUACCUAAAAUUUAUGCCAAGCAUGCAUAGUGAUUAUAUAACCUUUUUAUUUUUGUUGUUGUAAUGGUUGGCAAUGACAUUACAACAUGACAGUCAUGUUGUAAUGGUUUAUAUUGAACUUUGUUUCUUUACAUUAUAGACCUAUACCCUGUUUGUGUCUUACUGAAUAAUGCAAUAAUAGUUUUGAUUUUCAGUUA